UGGCCUGAGGAUGCUAUUGGUAAGACGGUGAGGCUGUUCUGUGGGAAAGUGUAGUCCAAACCACCACCGGGUCUGUGGGCAAGAUGACUCAGCCUUUCAACUUAGCGGCAUUUGAGAGGAUUCUCAUCCUUGGCUCUCCAGAGCAGACUAUACUCAGCUCUGAGCGGUCUCUCCAAGUGGGGCCGAGGAGUCAUCCUGAGUCAAAAAAAGAGCAAUAUGUCACCGGAAGCCCAUGCCCAGAAAACCAAAGGACCCCAGCAGCCAUGCCGAAACCACACAGCGAAGCGGGGACUGCCUUCAUUCAGACCCAGCAGCUCCAUGCAGCCAUGGCUGACACCUUCCUGGAACACAUGUGCCGCUUGGACAUUGACUCCGCACCCAUUACGGCCCGCAACACUGGCAUCAUUUGUACCAUUGGUCCUGCUUCCCGAUCUGUGGAGUUGCUGAAGGAGAUGAUCAAGUCUGGGAUGAAUGUGGCUCGGCUCAAUUUCUCUCAUGGAUCUCACGAGUACCAUGCAGAAACCAUCAAGAAUGUGCGUGCGGCCACAGAGAGCUUUGCUUCUGACCCUAUUCUCUACCGGCCUGUUGCCGUGGCUCUGGACACAAAGGGACCUGAGAUCCGUACUGGGCUCAUCAAAGGCAGCGGCACUGCAGAAGUGGAGCUGAAGAAGGGAGCCACCCUGAAGAUCACCCUGGACAACGCCUACAUGGACAAGUGUGAUGAGAACACCCUGUGGCUGGACUACAAGAACAUCUGUAAGGUGGUGGAGGUGGGCAGCAAGAUCUACGUGGACGACGGACUCAUUUCACUGCUGGUGAAGGAGAAAGGUGCUGACUUCCUGGUGACAGAGGUGGAGAACGGCGGCUCCCUGGGCAGCAAGAAGGGGGUGAACCUCCCGGGAGCUGCUGUGGACCUCCCCGCUGUGUCAGAGAAGGACAUCCAGGACCUGAAGUUUGGAGUGGAGCAGGAUGUAGACAUGGUGUUUGCAUCUUUCAUCCGCAAGGCAGCCGAUGUGCAUGAAGUUAGGAAGGUCCUGGGAGAGAAGGGCAAGAACAUCAAGAUUAUCAGCAAGAUCGAGAACCAUGAAGGCGUCCGCAGGUUUGAUGAGAUUUUGGAGGCCAGUGAUGGGAUCAUGGUGGCUCGUGGUGACCUCGGCAUUGAGAUUCCUGCAGAGAAGGUCUUCCUGGCUCAGAAGAUGAUGAUUGGCCGAUGCAACCGAGCAGGGAAGCCUGUCAUCUGCGCCACACAGAUGCUGGAGAGCAUGAUCAAGAAACCCCGCCCCACACGUGCUGAGGGCAGUGAUGUGGCCAAUGCAGUCCUCGAUGGAGCGGACUGCAUCAUGCUGUCAGGAGAGACAGCCAAAGGGGACUACCCUCUGGAGGCUGUUCGCAUGCAGCACCUGAUAGCUCGGGAGGCUGAGGCCGCCAUGUUCCACCGCCUGCUGUUUGAAGAACUUGUGCGAGCCUCCAGUCACUCCACAGACCUCAUGGAGGCCAUGGCCAUGGGCAGCGUGGAGGCUUCUUUUAAGUGUUUAGCGGCAGCUUUGAUAGUUCUGACGGAGUCUGGCAGGAGUGCUCACCAGGUGGCCAGGUACCGCCCACGUGCUCCCAUCAUCGCUGUGACUCGCAAUCCCCAGACAGCCCGCCAGGCCCAUCUGUACCGAGGCAUCUUCCCUGUGCUGUGUAAGGAUGCGGUACUGGAUGCCUGGGCUGAGGAUGUAGACCUCCGCGUGAAUUUGGCCAUGAAUGUUGGCAAGGCCCGAGGCUUCUUCAAAAAGGGAGAUGUGGUCAUUGUGCUGACCGGGUGGCGCCCUGGCUCCGGUUUCACCAACACCAUGCGUGUAGUGCCUGUGCCUUGAUGGCCCUCUGGAGCCCCUCUUCCUGACCCUUUCCCAUCCCCUCCCCCAUCCCAUCCAUUAGGCCAGCAACGCUUGUAGUGCUCACUCUGGGCCAUAGUGUGGCGCUGGUGGGCUGGGACACCCGAGAAAAUUAAUGCCUCUCUGAACCGUGGACUAAAGCCCAGCUGUCUAUCAUGUGGCCCUACCCAAGCCAGGGGUGAAGGAGGAAUGCAGAACUGGAAACCCUCUGGCCUUACCACAAAAGGGCAGCGACAUCUCUGUGUGCUUUGCUCCUGUAGAAAGUUGCCCAGAGAAUUCCCAGCUCUGGCCUGGAGUCGGGAGACCGCAAGAGUAGGGGCUUAGGGUACGGGGCCCAGGUUCCUGUGUAGAUAGCCUUUGGCCCUGGCCCUGACUUGCUUUCCCAACAGCCUUGGCCUCCCCUCUCCUCCUUGUGCACUCCUCAGCUGUUACUGCAGACACACACACUCCGCUCUGCACCUUCCAUUCUACCGCAGCAUCUCCAGGCCUGUUGCUAUAGUGCCCACCUGAAUGUCAAUAAACAGCAGCUGAAGCA